AUGGCGAAUUAUUCCAAUCAAAACUUUAGUAGUAGUAGUAAUUACUACCAGGCGACCAAGGAAGUCGCCGCCCGUCAAAACAUCCAGGCCAGCGCCUACACCGUCGAUGCCGUCGACAUGGCCCUGAAGGGCUUCCACUACUCUACCUGCGGGGCAGGCGGUACACUAACACCACGACAGGAGCGGGGUGGUGGGUUUGAGGUGAGCACGUCACCGCCACCGUCGCCACGGACGACGCCCGCCAACAGGGCUUCGUCGUCGCCGCAGCGCCCGGGCAUCAAGGCCCGCUCGCGCAGCGGAGGCGCCGCAUACACCAUCACGGAAGAAUGUGAGAGACUCUUCUGCGAGACACUGGACACCGUUUUUCUUGGUGAGGGAAACACCGUCGCUCAGGACUCGCUUGUGAUGGGUAUGCGUUACAACAACAACAAGACAAGCAUCGACAAAAGUGCACCUCUGCCUUCUCCUUCGCCCUCGACCGACAGCGCUAUCGACAUGGCUGUUCCCAACAAUGCUGUGCGUGAGUGGGUCGAGAUCUGGGAGUAUUCUGCUGGAUUGCGCUUCCGUGGCUUUGUCUCCGACAAGAAUGGACAAAGCACCCUGUUUGUCUUUUUCGACAAGUCGGUUAUUGGACCUGAUCUCAAGAAUGGCCUCAUGUGCCUUCUCGAAUUGGCUGGUAGCGAAGACUUUGGCUGCUCCAACCUCGUCGUCUGCCUUGAUCGCUCUGCCGACCAAGAAGACCUCAAAGACUUGACUCGCGACCUUGGCUGGGUCGGUUUCGAGCUUACUACCUUGGACCGCUGGUCAAAGGGCGUCGCUUGCACAAGUGACAAGUGGAUCUUCCUCGACAUGGAAGUCUAA